UGGUACAUACUGUUGGUGCUGCUCUAACUGCUCUGUCAUUGAUUCAGUAGUAACACAGUCGUCAGUCCACAGCCUGCUUGCCUGCAGAGAGAGAGCCAAAACAGGAAGAGAGAAAGAGAGGACAUAAGGAGAGAGGAAAAGAGAGUGAUUGUGAGAGAGAGAAGCAGGGAAAGCAUCCAGCCAUCUGUCUGUCUCCAGUCUGAAAGCCACAGCCGCCCUCUUUGUUUGGCGUCCCUGAUAUGACCCUGUUUAAAAGUGAGCACCACCGCAGCCCACGAUACAUUAGCAUGAGUGGAGAGCUGAAGUCCAGCCGUUCCAGGGCCGGCAGCAAGAGACCCAGCAGCAAUCCAUACGGAUCUGACUAUGACCUGGACUAUGAGUGCUAUCAAGAGGACCUCUAUGACAGGAUGUAUGACUACCAGCGCGUGCCAGCUUCCCUACCUCCCCUGUCCCAGGGACCUAGCCUGGCCAAACGACCCCGCUCCUCCUCCACUUCCUCUGGGCACAGACGUAGCCGAGACAGGCCCCCCUCCAAGAGCUCCAGAGCCCACUCCACCAGCUCCAACAGGGCCAAGUUGCGGAUGGAGGAGCUGCAGGUCAUUAAGAGGGAGCUGACUCUGAUAAAGACACAGAUUGACGGGCUGCUCGACAACCUGGAUAGGAUGGACACACAGAGGCGGGACCACACAGGGUCUCCCGUGAGGGAGGGCAGUUUGGCCGGGUCACCGUACCCCCCCUCCGCCAGCAGCGGUGACCGCAGCCCCUCUCCCCUGUCCCCCCCACGCCGCUGCAUCCAGAGAGAGAGCCCCGAACUCGGGGAGGCCAGCGACGAUGAUCACACGAUGAAUAACCACAGCUCUGACCCUGAGGACGAGAUGUGAGGAUGGAAACAGAGAAGAAACGGAGGAGCGCCAGACAUAGAGGAAGAGAACAUCUUGUCAAGAAGUUACCAUGCCAACAACUGAUUCAGAGGCCCCACUCCUGUCUAACCAACCAGUUACAUUGUAUUCUAUAUCCACAUAUACAUCAACAGCACACAUACAAGGACACACUGUAAUUAUAGUUUAUCAGAAAUCAAGUAUCUCCCUUGGAUAUUCACCACUGAGAUCAGCUUAGAUUACACACACAUUUUAUAUGUAGAGUGUAAUUAUUAACCAGAACAGGAAAGUGAAAUAAUUUUUAUAUUCAUAAUUUUCUUAUGUUCUUUUUAGCCCGUCUUCAUAUUUUUCCAGAAAAACAUUCUGAUUACCAGUUCGUAUAAAUUUGACAUGCAUAUUGAGAGACUGACGGUAUCUGAAAUGAGCAUACUAUAGAUGUCGCAAUCAUAGUUUUUCGGUGACUUGAGUUACUUUGUUUUCUGUAUAUCAUAUCACUACCAGAGCAUGAGUCCAUCAGUUGAUACUUGUCCAUCAGUUAACCCCCCCCCCCCCCUAUGUCUGUGUAAUGUUAUCUCUCUGCUGUAUUACUACCUGCCUGUAUUAGGUAUGAGGAGACAGUAACCCAUCUCUUCCUCUAUGUACCUGGCGCUAUGAGCUGAGGAGAGGCCCCGGCCCGGUCCAUGUGUAAUAUUGUGUAUUACUGUAAAACUUUACUGUAUUAGGUCAGCUGUACGAUUUUAAUCCAGCAUUUUGUUUUAGUUUUUUUUAUUUGUUAAUGUUUUUUAAAGCGAGAAGAAAACAACAAUGUUAAUUGUUUAUUAUAAUUCCAGUGGUGUUAGAUGUUUUGUUAGUUCUGUUUGCAUUCAUGAAGAAGCCAAGUGGGAACACUACUCACACUGUCACAGUAGUAAAGGUAUUUUCAUAUUGAUUAAAAACACCUCUGGGAGUGUUUUCUUUAAAAAUAAUUGUGUGUGUGUGUGUGUGUGUGUGUGUGUGUGUGUGUGUGUGUGUGUGUGUGUGUGUGUGUGUGUGUGUGUGUGUGUGUUUGUUUGGUUUUACUAUCCUACUGGGGGCAGAAGGAAGUUUCGGACAAGUGGGGACAUUUCGCCAGUCCCCACAAGAAAAUAGGUUAUUUAAGGCUUAGGGUGAAAAUUAGGGUUACGAGUCAGGUUUAGAGUUUGGGGUUAGGGAGAAUAAGAAUCAGUUGCUUGGUUCCCGUGUCUGUGUGUGUGUAAUAAAGGGAAACAGGAUGAAAUUUAA